CAGACACUGAAACCCCGGAGUCGGAGGCCGAUGGUUUUUAACAGUCCCCCAGCGGCGCCCGGCAGCCAUGCCGGUGUGCCUCUUGGUGUUUCGGCUCAGCUGAGGAGUCAAGUGUCGCCGAGGCUCGUGGACAGCGUGUCGCGCAGCUUCUCGCUCACGUCCCUGGUCGGCAACUGGCGUGCCAGAGCCCUCGCGAGCAGCGGCAGCAAUGCCAGCCAGGCCAUGCCCUUCUCGUUUGGCAACGUGGCGCGGUGAGUGAGGGACGGAGGGAGGGAGGGACGCAGACGCGCGUGUUCGGCGGAUGUACCACCCACUCACUUGUCUGUGUUGUUUACGUGCUUUGUGUGUGUGUGCGUGUGUGUUGUGUGCAGUUGUGACCACGGUGAGUGGUGGCGUUGGGAUAUGGGCGGCCACGACCCGGCGAGUCCCUUCAUGGAGUCGACCAUCAACUACCACAACCACGCCGUGUCGUACAUGGUGUUCGUCAUGUGCACCGUCAUGUACUGCCUGCGCAGACUCUGAGGGAGUCAGCAAGGAAUGGGCUCUCGGAAUGGGCUCUCGGCACACACCACACCACAGCAUAGGACAGCAUGCCAGCCAACCGGACCUUUCAAGCAACCGAGCAAGGACGCAGUAGCCGGCUUGUCUUGACUGACUCACAAUCACUGACUGGCUGCCUUUAGUGUGUGUGUGUGUGGUGGGGGGGGGGGGGUUGUUGUGCG